UUGCCAGAGGACACCAGCUCGGUUCAGUGUUUGGCUGGCAGCCGAAUAAAUAGGACGUUGAUCUAAAACAUCAUCCAACAGCUUACCGGUAACACUGCGUAGUGGUGGCGUUUUCAGUGUGUUGUGAAGCAGUGGAGCAAAAGUGUAAUCUGCAAACUACUAUUUGUUACAUUGUUAAGUGUAAGUGACAUAAUCGAUAACGGCGUACGCGUGUAGUGCAGAGUGGGUGCAGAAGCAACAUUUACAUACGGACGGGUACCUAGCUGAGCGGUCAAGAUGAGCAGCAGCGCGCCCGGGGCGACCAACCCCAUGCUGUACGAUCCCAUCCCGGAGGGACAGGGUUCGACGACGAAGCGCAACCAGUUCGUCGCUGCGCUCGGAAUUUGCAUGGCGGCGGUGAGCGGCGGUACGGCCCUGGCCUGGACUUCGCCCGUACUGGCCCAGCUCGUGCCGGCCAAUCAAAGCGACACGAGUGGGCUCGAGCACGAAAGCUUCCUGCUGACCACCGAUGAAGGAUCAUGGGUUGGUGCGUUCCUGGCCGUGGGAGCGUUCCUCGGUGCACUGCCUGCUGGAUAUCUGGCGGAGAAGAUCGGUCGCAAGUACACAACCAUGUCGCUGGCAGUGCCGUACCUGAUCAGCUGGGCUCUGAUCAUCUUUGCUACCGGUGCGGGCAUGCUGUACGCCGGUCGUUUGGUCAUUGGCAUUGCAACGGGUGCGUCGUGCGUCGUCGCACCGAUGUUCAUCUCGGAGGUGGCCGAAACGUCUAUCCGCGGUGCGCUGGGAGCAUUCUUCCAGCUUCAUCUAACGGUUGGCAUCCUGUUCGUUUACGCCGUCGGUUCCUACACCCACUGGGUGACGCUCAGCAUACUGUGUGCCAUCUUCCCGGUGCUGCUGAUUGUGGCCAUGUUUAUCGUGCCCGAAAGUCCAGUGUACUUGGUGAAGAAGGGUCGUCGUAUUGAUGCUGGCGUAGCACUGAAGUGGUUCUGGGGCCCGAAUGCCGACACCCAGUCGGCGCUGCAGACCAUCCAGUCCGAUCUGGACGCGGCUUCCGGUGAGGCGAAAGUGUCGGACCUGUUCACGAACCCAACCAACCGGGCGGCACUCUUCAUCUCGCUGCUGCUGAUGUUCUUCCAGCAGUUCUCGGGCAUCAAUGCGGUCAUCUUCUACACGGCGCCAAUCUUCCAGUCGGCCGGCAGCACCAUGGACCCGGCCGUCUGCUCGAUUGUGGUCGGCGUCGUGCAGGUCGUAAUGACGCUCGCCUCCUCCGUGCUGAUCGACAAGGCGGGCCGCCGGAUACUGCUGCUGCAGAGCAGCUUCAUCAUGGGCGCGUGCCUGAUCGUGCUCGGCGUGUACUUCAAGAUGCAGAACGACAAGGUGGACGUGUCGAACAUUGGCUGGUUGCCGCUGGCCUCGGUCGUGCUGUUCAUCAUCAGCUUCUCGCUCGGGUUCGGCCCCAUCCCGUGGAUGAUGAUGGGCGAGCUGUGCGCGCCGGACAUCAAGGGGCUGGCGUCCGCGCUCGCCGUCAUGUUCAACUGGACGCUCGUGUUUCUGGUGACAAAAAGCUUCGGCACGAUGCAAGAGCUGCUCGGCUCGGACUGGACGUUCUGGUUCUUUGGCGCGUGGAUGAUGGUCUGCACGGUGUACGUGUUCAUUAAGGUGCCGGAAACGAAGGGCAAAACCAACGCACAGAUUCAGGCCAUCCUGGGCGGGAAGAAGUAAGGCGGCGCAGUAAGGGUGCUGCCAAAGAUACUGAACCAUUUUAUGUGUGUACGUGUACGUAACUUUAUGUCUGUGUCCGUUUGAACCUCGAGUUGGUGUAAUCUUUCCAAAUUCCGUGCUUCGGCAGAUUUUGUUUCGGUCUUUUGUUUCUGUUUUAUAAGUGUAGAGCAAUUUAUUUUAACGUGUUGUACAUAUGUUACUGUAGCCGUUUUAACCAGCUCCUCCCCCCAAGCCCACUACUAUACAUUACAUUGUUGUAGGUGCAAAAAAGUCUGCUUGCUCGCGGACCUUGCGAUACUUUCAAAGGAGGGUUCGGGAAGUCCAUGAUAGGUUAUACGGUAAAAGGUUUCUUGUUCGUUUAGGAAAGCAAAAGCCGCAUACACAAGGUACGGUAAUCGAAACGACUGAUGAAGAAACAGGAAGUGCAAGUGCGAGCUUCAAAAGCAGGCUCUUGAGAUAGUAAAAUAUUGCCAUUGUAGUUAGUAGAGGGACAGAGAGAGAGAGAGAGAGAGAGAGAGAGAGAGAGAGAGAGAGAGAGAGAGAGAGAAAGAGAAGCAGAAAUAUUCAAAUGGAAGAAAAGAUGGAAAGUAAAUAGAUUCCUAGGGGUCGGAAGUUUUGCACUUGCAGGACGUAAUGGCUACCGUAAGAUAGCUUGCGGUAUCCGGUAGUGAGGUGUACUGAUAAGUUUUUAAGCUAAGUUUAGGUUGUGUUGCUUCGGUAGUGUCGGUAUGUUACAACGAAGGAGUAUGGUGUUGAUGCUAGCUUACGAGUGCCAUUUGCCAAAAGAAACCAGUUUUGCACUAGCGAAAGGACCUUCCGAGCGUCCUCUAGACGCGUGCUAAACGCUUCCUCGUUGUCAAUUGUUCAUAAUUCAUUUGUCCACCCAAAACGGAAAAGAACAUGUAACGCAAAGUGUGUUUACUUACGCACCCAGCCAGUCUAUCAUAUCA